CUUGUUGUAAUUGUUAACAUUUUGGGACGACAUUUUAAUAUGAACAUCAAGUCCCUUGGGAGGAUGAUUUCUCAUCGCAUUAAAUAUUACCAUAUAUAUGUCAAUCUCGGCCUCAAACUUAUCGAGAGAUGGGUCAAUCACAGGGACAGUCUCUCUGGAUUGCUUAGGGGUAAGAAAUGUCUUUUCUGCCAUUCCGACAAGACCCGGAGUAAAUAUAUUGCGUAUGAAUGGUGCCAAGAAAUGGAAUCAUGUACAUUUUCAAUGAAGAGUAAACAACUAGCUGGAUGCAUAGAUUUCAAAAGGUGGUCCCGCCACGAAAAGGUGGGUCUCGCAAAAACUGAUGGAAUAGGCU